UCCUCGUGCCUCGGCAGCGGGAGCAACCGACGCCCACAACAACCACCGAGAGAUCUCCAUCCAUGGAACCGGUUGUCUGAUCUCCCCGCGGAACAACCAGAGAUCCUCCUCGCCCCUCCGAUCCCGCCAUGAAGCAGCUCCACAAGCAACCCAGCCUCAACCAGCAGCACCAGAUCCCAACCCACACCCACACCCCCUCCUACUCCAGCAAGUCCGCAAAGCAGCAGACCCGCUCCUCCUCCUUCCUCCGGUCCGCCGCCUCCUACCUCCUCCGUGAGCAGCGCCUCCUAUUCGUCCUCGCGGGCGUCAUCAUCGCCUCCUCCUUCUUCCUUCUCUCCCCCUACUACCACUCAUCCCUCUCCCGCCUCUCCUCCUCCUCCUCCGACGAAGGCCCCCACCGUUUCCUGCCUUCCUUCCGUCACCCCUCCCUCGACCGCUCCUCGACGACCAAGGCGUCCGUCGCCGGCGGAGGCGGAGGGAGGAGGGUGCCGGUGGGGCUGCGGAAGCCGGCGCUGCGGAUCGUGGUGACCGGUGGGGCGGGGUUCGUGGGCAGCCACCUCGUGGACAAGCUGCUGGCCAGGGGGGACAGCGUUAUCGUCCUCGACAACUUCUUCACGGGGCGCAAGGACAAUCUCGUCCGCCACUUCGGCAAUCCCAGGUUCGAGCUGAUCCGCCACGAUGUCGUCGAGCCGAUCCUCCUCGAGGUCGACCAGAUCUACCACCUCGCUUGCCCGGCCUCGCCGGUGCACUACAAGUAUAAUCCCAUCAAGACCAUUAAGACGAAUGUGAUGGGAACCUUGAACAUGCUGGGCUUGGCAAAGAGAAUUGGAGCUCGCUUCUUGUUGACUAGUACUAGUGAGGUUUAUGGCGACCCGCUUGAGCACCCUCAGAAAGAGACUUAUUGGGGCCAUGUCAAUCCUAUUGGUGUUAGGAGCUGUUAUGAUGAAGGGAAAAGAACAGCAGAAACUUUGUCUAUGGAUUACCAUCGUGGUGCUGGCGUUGAGGUGCGUAUUGCACGCAUAUUCAAUACAUAUGGGCCUCGCAUGUGCCUAGAUGAUGGUCGUGUUGUCAGCAAUUUUGUUGCACAGGCCCUGCGUAAACAGCCCAUGACAGUUUACGGUGAUGGAAAGCAAACUCGAAGUUUUCAAUAUGUUUCAGAUUUGGUUGAUGGAUUAGUAGCACUGAUGGAAGGCGACCACAUUGGACCCUUCAACUUGGGGAAUCCUGGGGAGUUCACCAUGUUGGAGCUGGCUGAGGUAGUGAAGGAGACGGUCGAUCCAAGCGCAACCAUAGAGUUCAAACCCAACACUGCUGAUGACCCUCAUAUGAGAAAGCCGGAUAUCACCAAGGCAAAAGAGCUGCUAAAUUGGGAGCCAAAGAUUUCAUUGCGGCAAGGGCUGCCCCUGAUGGUGACUGACUUCCGAAAGCGUGUUAACGAAGAGAAAUAACUUGUAAGAGUAGCGAAUCAAGUUUGUAUCAUGUGAAAUGUGCUACCAAUUGAUUUUAUUCAUCUCUUGACAAUUGAAAUUUCUGCAAAUCUGAAACUGCUUGCUUGCAACUCUCCUUGAUGGCUUCCCGGUCGCAGGAGUGGUUAUUUUUUUGAUUGAUUUCCAUGUUAUAUUAGUUUUUCCUAACAAAACCACAGGUUGCUCGUA